CCGCUCACCCAGAAGGCGUGUUCCGGGCUCUCCCACUCAGCUCUGGGCGCCGGUUAAGACCACGGUCCCCGUCGCCGGUGCCAUGGAGGCGCCGGUGGAGGCGGAGGUCGAAAAUGAAGACGGCGACAGCAGCUGCGGGGAUUUGUGCUUCAUGGACAAAGGCCUGCGGAGCAUAUCAGAGUUAUCUUUAGAUUCAUCCCUUCAUGCCAUCAAUCUUCACUGCAAUAACAUCUCAAAAAUCGAAGCCAUUGAUCAUCUUUGGAAUUUACAACACUUAGAUCUGUCAUCUAAUCAAAUAAAUCAAAUUGAAGGGCUAAACACACUGACAAAACUAUGCACUUUAAAUUUGUCCUGCAAUUUGAUUACAAGAAUAGAAGGACUUGAAGCAUUAACUAAUCUGACUAGACUGAAUUUAUCUUACAACCACAUAAAUGAUCUUAGUGGUUUGAUUCCCCUUCAUGGAAUUAAACAUAAACUUAGAUUUAUUGACCUACAUAGUAAUUGUAUAGAUAGUAUCCAUCACCUACUUCAGUGUGUGGUAGGAUUGAACUUCUUGACUAAUCUUAUUUUGGAAAAAAAUGGAGAUGAUAACCCUGUCUGUCAUGUACCAGGGUACAGAGCAAUUAUGCUCCAGACGUUGCCACAGCUUAGAAUACUAGACUGCAAGAACAUAUUUGGUGAGCCGGUAAAUUUGUCAGAAAUAAAUUCAUCACGCCUGCAGUGCUUAGAAGGUCUUUUGAAUAAUUUAGUUUCUUCUGAUUCUCCCCUAAAUACCAGUGAAGAUGAGAUAAUUGAUAGUAUGCCAGUGGUAACACCACCCAUCGAUGAGAUAGCUCCCUUGGAUCAAUUUGCAUCACCAACGGAUACUGGUUUGACAUCCUUUAUAUCUAUAUGUCCAUCUUCUGAGCCGGAGAAAGUUAAUCAUAAAAACAGUUUUCAUAACGACAUGAAACUUCAGAAAUUAGAUGAUCAGAUUUUACAGCUUCUCACUGAAACUUCUGAUUCUUUAAUAGAUAAUGUUCCUGAGAAAGAUCUCAGACCAAAAAGAGAUACAGAUAUGACUUCUGAAAGUGACUAUGGCAAUAGAAAAGAAUGUAAUAGAAGAAUUCCUCGAAGAUCAAAAAUCCCAUAUUAUUCCAAAACUAUUCAGACUAUUAAGCACCACCAUAAAAACAACAACCCUUUUAUGAGCUGUAAUCGUAAAAUGAAACCACCUUUCUUUAAAGAUUUAUAUGUAAGAUCAUCUUUAGCAAACUGUAAUAUGUUAGAAGAAUCCGAAGAACAGAAGACUGAAAUCAUUAAAGUAGACAACAGUAGCUUGGAAGACACCACUUACCGGACACUUCUUGAACAACUAGACCAAGAAAGAGAGAAGAGAUGGAAAGCUGAACAAGCUGAAAAGAAACUUAUGGAUUAUAUUGCUGAACUACACAAACAUGCAAAUGAAAAAAAAGAUAUUCAUAGCCUGGCUCUACUCACCACAGAUAGGCUAAGGGAAAUUAUUUUUAAAGAGAGAAAUUCCAAAGUACAACUCGAAGUUAUGGUUCACAAACUUCAAAAUGAAAUUAAAAAACUAACCAUUGAAUUAAUUAAAGCAAGAGAUCAACAAGAGGAUCACAUAAGACACUUAAGAACCCUGGAAAAAGCAUUAGAAAAAAUGGAGAGGCAGAAAGGGCAGCAGCAAGCAGCACAGAUGCGACUUAUCCAAGAGGUGGAGCUCAAAGCUGCCGCUGCUGAUACAGAAAUAAACUUACUUAGAACUUCUCUUCAUCAAGAAAAGGAACAAGUACAGCAACUUCAUGAACUUCUUGCAUUGAAAGAACAAGAACACAGGAAAGAACUUGAAACAAGGGAGUUUUUCAGUGAUGCUGAGUUCCAGGAAGCCUUAGCUAAAGAAGUAGCUAAAGAAGAAAGAAAGCAUGAGCAAGAUAUAAAAGAAUACCAAGAAAAAAUUGAUACAUUAAACCAACAGUAUAUGGAUUUAGAAAAUGAAUUCCGUAUUGCUCUAACUGUUGAAGCCAGAAGAUUUAAAGAUGUUAAAGAUGGUUUUGAAAAUGUUGCAACUGAGUUAGCAAAGAGCAAGCAUGCUCUUGUUUGGGCUCAACGAAAAGAAAAUGAAUCUUCCUCUUUAAUUAAAGAUCUGACCUGUAUGGUGAAGGAGCAAAAAACAAAACUUGCAGAAGUUUCAAAAUUGAAACAGGAAACAGCAGCAAAUUUACAGAAUCAAAUCAGCACCCUUGAAAUCUUGAUUGAAGAUGACAAGCAGAAGAGUAUUCAAAUAGAACUUCUCAAGCAUGAAAAAGUCCAGCUUAUUUCUGAGCUAGCUGCCAAGGAAUCACUAAUUUACGGUCUAAGGACAGAAAGAAAAGUAUGGGGGCAUGAGCUGGCGCAACAUGGAUCAUCUCUAGCCUUAGAUCGUGGGAAAUUAGAGGCUCAAAUUGAAAGUUUAUAUAGAGAGAAUGAGUCUCUGAGAAAGAAAAAUGAAUGUGAUAAUGAUGCAUUAAGAAUUAAGUGCAAAAUCAUAGAAGACCAAACUGAAACCAUUGGAAAAUUAAAAGCUUGUGUACAAGAAAGAGAAGAACAAAUCAAAAUAUUACAAGAAAAGAUCACUGAAAUACAAAAAUGUACUCAAGAACAACUUGAUGAAAAAUCUUCACAACUGGAUGACAUAAUUGAAAAACUGGAAAGACACAAUGAAAGAAAAGAAAAACUAAAACAACAGUUGAAAGUAAAGGAAUUAGAACUUGAAGAAAUUAGAAAAGCUUACAGUACACUUAAUCAGAAAUGGCAUGAUAAAGGAGAGCUUCUAAGUCAUCUUGAAAUGCAAGUAAAAGAAGUGAAAGAAAAAUUUGAAAACAAGGAAAGGAAACUGAAAGCAGAAAGAGACAAAAGUAUUGAACUACAAAAGGAUGCGGUGGAAAAGCUUCAUAGUAUGGAUGAUGCCUUUAAAAAACAAGUCGAUGCAAUUGUUGAAGCUCAUCACGCUGAAAUAAUACAACUGGCAAGUGAAAAGCAGAAAUACAUUGAUUCUGCAAAUUUAAAGGUUCAUAGAGUUGAAGAAGAAAUGCGUGAACUUCUUCAGGAAACAUGCAAGAACAAAAAAGCAAUGGAAGAAAAAAUUAGGCAACUUGCUUUUGCUCUUACUGAAAUUCAGCAAGAAAUGUGAUGGUUCUGAGAAUGAAUUUAAUUGAAAUGGAACAGCAGACCUAUUGUAAAAAUGAUUAAAUAUUGUAAUAGUAGUAACGGCUACGACUUUGAAACGUCUCUUUCUACACAUUUCAUUUUGAUUAUAUUUUAAAAGACUUUUGAUCAAGUAUUUUUUAACUGUAUGUGUAGGUUUUUAUAAUAAAUUGUUGAUAAUUAUGUGUAUUAGAAAAAACUAUCAGAAUAACUAGAUUUACAACACUUUCUUGUUUCUGUGCUAUACAUUGUUUGGUAAUUACACAUUUGCCUUCAAAUAUGUAAAUGGAAAUUAACAUUAGUGUUUGGACUAUAUGAGGUAAAGUGUUUUAAUCAUUGUUGUUACCUUAUUGUGUUGAUGCAGAACUAAUUAUAUUUAUUGGUCAUCUUCA